AUGGAGGAGACGACGGCCAAGGUUCCGCGCGACGACGCGUCCGUCUACCAGACAGAUGAGCUCCGAGGCUACCUCCUCAAGAAGACGCGCAACGGCAAGUGGCAAAAGCGCUGGUUCGAGACGAACGGAUGCUUCCUGACGUACUACAAGAAGCAAGGCCAGAAGCUCCUCGCGGCCCUCAACCUGCCUCAGGUCGGCGAAAUCGCGCUCUUGCCCGAGACCGCCGAAGAUGGCCCGGGCCUCUUUACGAUCGAGCUCAAUGAUCGGAUAUAUACCAUCAAGGCCAAGGGCCAGGACGACGCUGCGCUCUGGGUCGAGGCCCUUGUGUGGCGCCAGCAAGGUGGCGUCGUCGCGUCGAGCACGACGGCGAUGACCUCCAUGACGGCGCCGGACUCGCCGCCGCCGCCCGCCAAGCCGUCGCAGUUUCCCAAGGAGAAAAAGCUCGACGAUGUCGACACGGCCAAGUCGCCCGGCUGUGCAAAGUGCUGCGUCGUCCAGUAG